AUGCUGCUGUACCAGGUGGAGCAGCGGAGCCGGGCCAAGGAGCGGCUGCAGAGGCGGCUGCAGCAGCUGCAGGAUGUCCAGAGGGCCGAAAAGCAGCAGCAGGCACAGGUGGUUCGUACCCUGGAGGGCAACAUAGAGAAGAUGCAAACAAAAGUCCGCGCUGGGCAGAAGGUGACUGCCCUGUACGUGGCGGUGCGGGAUGCCCUGAGGAAGGAGCUGGCCCACCUGCCUCUGCACCUGGACCUCCUGAGUGAGACGGCCGAGCUGCAGCAUAGGGAGGUGGAGGACAUGGAGCUCAUGGCCUCGCGUGGGCUCAGAGCUGCUCGUGGAGCCGAGGAGCGCAUGGUCAGGACGAAAACCCAGGUCCUUGCAGAGAGGGAGCUCAGGCUCCGCACCCAGGCUGCUCAGAAAGAGCCCAGAGACGGAGGCUGGCUCAAGGAAGCAAAAGAAAGGGCUCUGAAAACGCAAGCCAAGCAUGACCUCAGAAGGGACUUCCUGAGCCUGCCCGCAGAGGACCCAGUGGUGGCUGCCAAACUGGAGGCCACCAAGUACCAGCUGCAGCGGGAGGCCUACGUGAGGGAGAAGAUAGAGGAGGCCAAGGAUGUGGUGCAGUGCUCCCGCCUCUGGGACAUCCCCAUCAGGCUCCAGGCACAGCAGAAGUCCCUGCUGGAAAUGGAGCAGUACCUCACAAGGGGGCUGGUGGAGGAGCUGAGGACGAGGCUGCAGCGGGAAGAGGCUCGGCUGGAACAGGGGCGAGCCCAGCUGCUGAGGAGCCAGGAGACGCUGCUGGACUUUGAAAACGCACUUGACAACCUCUUCGUCCGGCUGCGGGGCAUCACCGUGCCUGGCCAGGAGCAUCCUGUCAAGGCCAUGGCAGUGGACGAGAAGCUCCGGCAGUGUGAGCAGAAGCUGCAGUACCUGGUGCAGCGGGUGGCUGACCUGCCCCCCUCCAGCCACAGCGAGGAUGAUGAGGUGCACGGCGGCUCCAUCCCUGCUGCGCUCUUUGGGGACCCGCACAGGCUUUCCCGGGUGGCCCGUGCCAAGCCAUCCUCCCAGCUGGAGGAUGGAGGUGCUCGAGGGAAGAGCCACGGAGCAGCUCAGGCCCAGGUGGCCCCGGGCUCUACUUUUGUGAAGGUCAGGCAGCUGCUGGAGGAAACCCUCAUGGCCGAUCCACGGAACCGGAAGGUUUCCUUGGAGGACACGGGCGUGGGGCUCCAAGACGAUUUUGAUAUCCCUGACAACCACAGUGGCCUUGUCCUCACCAGAGAAGCCAUCAAGAAGCAAGGGCUGGACUUGAUCGAAAGCAAGAAGAAAAGCAAGAGGAAGUAG